UACAUUCAAUAUUAAAUGCAAGUAACAGCAGUCUUCUAGAAAUUAACGAGACCGCGUUUAUACCAUUACAGACAAUACGCCGGCAACUGUUGAAGACGUCAACAUCUGCGCAACAUCAUAACAAAGAAUCUCCGAGGAUGCUCGUGCUUUGAGCCGUUGUUGUCAUCGCCUCGUAACAUGCCUGGACGAUAAACGUCUCACGAAAAAUCCUGCUGAGCUAUUUCUAGUCUAACAACCUCAACGCCAAGGCAAAGGCAAACACUAAUUUAAUGGCCACAUCGGACUUUGUACUGGGCGGCUUGGCCUCUGUGGGCGCCACCUUUUUUACGAAUCCGAUCGAGGUGAUCAAAACCCGCAUCCAACUGCAAGGCGAGCUCGCAGCACGCGGCUCUUACGUGGAGCCGUACAAAGGUGUCCUGCAGGCCUUUGUGGCAGUAGCCAAAAAUGAUGGAUUGAUGGGUCUGCAAAAGGGUCUUGCACCUGCGCUCUACUUUCAGUUCAUAAUCAACUCCUUCAGGUUAAGCAUUUACACAAAGGCCAUGGAGAAUAAGUGGAUGCAUAAGAAAAAUGGCGAAGUUUCCUUUAGUUUGGGUCUAAUGUGGGGCGCAGUGGGCGGCAUUGUGGGCUCCUACUUUUCUAGUCCAUUUUUCAUGAUCAAGACACAAUUGCAAUCGCAGGCAGCCAAGGAAAUUGCUGUUGGCCAUCAGCAUGCACACAAAUCCAUGAGCGGCGCUCUCAGGGAGAUCUAUGGCAAGAGCGGCAUAGUUGGGCUUUGGCGUGGAUCUUUGUCUGCCUUGCCAAGAGCUGCCGUUGGCUCUGGUGCACAGAUUGCAACAUUUGGCAAGACUAAAACAUUGUUAAUAGAAUACGAUUUAGUUCAGCAGCCAACGUUGAAUUCCUUUUGCUCAGGCUUAAUUGCCGGUUCACUUAUGUCCGUGGCUAUAACUCCGCCCGAUGUAAUUAGUACGCGUCUCUAUAAUCAGGGCGUUGAUGCGCAGGGGCGUGGCCUCUACUAUAAUGGCUGGUUGGAUUGUUUCGUCAAGAUCUUCCGCACCGAGGGCAUCUAUGGUAUGUAUAAGGGCUUUUGGGCCAAUUAUCUGCGUAUCGCUCCACACUCCACCUUAGUGCUGCUGUUCUUCGAUGAGCUGAUUGCUGUACGCGAAAAGUACAAACUAAAAGAUGUUUCUUCUUCUCGAGUGUGCUAGUCUUUAUCUUUGUGUAACGUUAAGUACAAAUUUAUAUAAUUGUUUGCUAGUUAAUUGUUGAAAAAAAAAAAAAAGAAUCGCCAAAGAGAUAGUCCUCCAUUCCCUGUUACAAACUCCUGCUAACUAAGGCUAUCUAUAUGCCACAUUUGUGCCUUAAUGCUUAUUUUCAUAUUGUAAGAAGUAAAAAAGUGAGAAAAAUUAAUAUUUAAAAAACCGUUAGCCCCAGUAAGCUAAUAGUAUCCUUUUAGUAAGUAACUGUAACUG